CCGCCAUUUUGAAACUCGAGCUGUCAAAUUUUCCCACCAUGUGUGUCGCACUGCGUAUUUCCGUUUUCUUGUUUAUGGUACUCUUCAUCAGUACAUGCUAUUCUGCGACGAUCCCACGAAACUUCGACUCACGGCUUAACGAUGAUAUUAUUAUACCGCCAAAGAAGCGGCCAUUUUGUAAUGCUUUCACAGGAUGCGGAAGAAAACGCUCACAAAAUCCACCCGGCAUGCCUCUUCAAGAGAUAAUGAGGCAAAGACAGAUGGACGAAGACAUGGCCUACGCGGACACGGACAACGCAAUCGAGGAACUUACCCGCCAAAUCUUAUCAGAAGCGAAACUAUGGGAGGCAAUACAAGAGGCGAGCGCUGAAAUAGCCAGGCGAAAGCAGAACGCGUUACAGUAAAUGACAUUGACGUUUGACGUUUGACAGAUGUCAAAUGGAUCUGCGCCAUAGAGAAUUUUGUGCCAUAGACUAAUUACUUUUUUAAUUUAUUUAUAUGACAACGGAACACGUCGCUUAUUAUUUAAUGUUUAAUUCGUUGUUAUAUAAAAUAGUUUAUAUUUAUUCCCUUGUUAUGUGACACUUUUCUGAGUCUAAUUACUUCCUAACUUUCUUGUUUUCCUACUUAAUUCAUUCCAUCAAUCUAUAAUUUCGCAGAUCCAUGACCUAUUGAGAAAUAAAAAAAAUAAACUUGUCUAUGACUGACAACCGCGUCCGUAGCGUUUCUAUUUAUAUGUCAAAUUUCGCGCCAAUUUGUAAACAUGGCGUCUGUAACGGAAAAAAAUGCGCUAUUUUAUUAUCUAUCUUGUACUUUAGAAGGUGACAUUGUAUAUAUUCUUGUAGGUUAUUCUGGAAAUUUGUAAUUUCUAUACGAUGGUAUCGUAAAAUUGCAUAUAAAAUAAAUAAUGACAUGAAAUAGCAGACUGUUUCAAAAAUUGAUUUGAUUCUCGUUAUAUUAAAAAGCGUAGGUUUUGUAUUGUUUCAAUUUAACGUGUUAUUAUGUUGAUAGUUUAUGAAAUAACAAAAAGAUAAGCUUAGGGAUAUAGCUAUAAAAAAUAGAAAUAUUCCUACUGAAUAUGGAGAAUACAUAUUUUUUAUGAUACGUGCUGUAAACCAUAAAGAUAUCGUUUAAUUAAUGCAUAUUAUUAUGUACUUUUUGUAUGAUGUAACUUAAACCAUGAA